GGAGGAGCUCAAUGUGGUGAAAAUGUAUUUGCAUAAAGGAGACGUGGUGACUGCCUAUGUUUUGAGUAAGAGCCCCAUCUUCUUUGAAAUGAACAAGAGACUUUAUCCAACAGACAUUGGCCCAGAUGUUCUGAUAACCAGAUAGUCAUUGGAGAAGGAGAGACUGGAGUUGCUGUCAGAACAACACACAAACCAGACAUAGCAGACUGUCUGGGAAUUGCCCAAGAAAUUGAAGAUUCUCAUGAGCAUUUCCCGUGCAUCCAGAAAUCUCCUAAAGAACCCAAUGAAAAUCAAUUGCCAACAAGAAAUUGUUAAAUGAAGUUUCAUAGGACUAUGGAACACUUUUGUGUAACCGAUUAACCAAACAGGAAUAAAACGAAGAACUGUGGAUUCUGAAAAUCUGAAACAAAAACAGAAGUUGAUGCAGAAGUUCAACAGGACUGGCAACAUCUAUGGAGAUUGAGGAGACUUAACUUUUUGAGUCCAGUAACCCUUCAAGAUUGGCAUAUCUGGAAGAGCUGUGACAGUGAAUUAAACACUAAAACAAAACAAAGUGCUGGGGAUGCUGAAGAUCUGAAACAAAAACAGAAAUUUGGCCAGAAUGGCAGCAUCUGUGGGGAGAAAGCAGAGUUGAUCUUUUGAGUCCAGUGACCCUUCAAGGGUAUGCCUACACUUUGAAGAAGUUCUCUUCCCCUGUCUAGCGGGAUUUCCUUUCUAGCCUUUCUUCUCCUUUGCCAUCAUUGCUUUUGUUCUUGCUGCAAGUGUCUGACAAGAGUAUUUGUGAAAACUUGUUCCAGCCUCAUCUCAUUCCUCAGUGACUGCCUCUUGCUCAGACUCACCCUACUUGGCUUCCAACUGAAGUUUCAUUUCUCGUGUCUUGAAUCCACCCAGGAUCACAGCUAUCUAUGUGAUGUACAAAACCUAUCAGCCAGCUGUUCCGGCUGCAUGCUGAGAUCCAAAAUCAGUGCCAACAGCCACUGGAUGUACAGACUUAACCUCUACAUCUUUUCUUAAUUCACUUAGACGUGGGUGUCACUGGUUGACCAGCAUUUAUUGCCCAUAAAAACCAAAAGAACUCCGGUGACCCGAAGAAGGAUCACCGGACCCAAAACUUUAACUCUGUUUUCUCCUCCACAGCUGCUGCCAGACCUGCUGAGCUUUUCCAGCAACUAGUUUUGUUCGUCACUUGUUGCCUAUACCUAGUUGCUUCUGUAAAGGUAGCGGUGAGAUGCCGCCUUGAACAGCUGCAGUCCUGUGCUCUGGUUAACCCGCAAUGUCCUUGGGGAGGAAUUCCAGGAUUUUGACCCAGAAACAGUGAAGAAAAGGUGAUAUUCAGGAUGACGAGUGGCUUGAAAGGGUACUUGCAGGUGGCAGUAUUUCCAAGUAUCUGCUGCUCUUGUCUUUCAAGAUGGAGGUGGUCGUGGGUCUGAAAGGUGCUGUGAAAGGAUCUUUUGUGUAUACCCUGUGGUCCUGCCCAGAUCUCCUGGCUGCUUUCACAACAUGGCCUGUUGUACUGACAAAACUCGCUGGAGGAGCAGAUCUUAUGUUACCUGGAGUGGUUGUGCCAUCUUCUGGCCUUCCUGAGCUACAGCAGGGAGAUCUUUGUGCCAUUAACCUUGUUGAAAACAGAGCUCCAGUGGCGAUAGGCUUAGUCACUAUGCCAACAACCGAUAUGCUUGCAACUGGUAUGAAGGGAAAGGGUGUCACAAUUCUCCAUACAUAUCUGGAUUUAUUGUGGGCAUUUGGAGAAAAAACUAGCCCACCUGUGAUUCCUCACAUGUACCAUGACCCUGGGCCAAUUAGAGAUCAGUUGGAGGAGGAGGAGGAGGAAGAAGGAGAAGGGGAAAAGAAGGAAGAAGUGGCUGCUGAUGCAGAUGGUAUUGGGAAUGUGACUGCAGAUCUGGACAGUUUGGAGGAGGAUACACCUGACUUGCGUAGUCUUUGUCUGAACUUGGAAACUGAAUCAGAACACACAUCUUCAGCAACUGUUCGAGUGAGUGACCGAGAGACUUAUGACGGCGAGAUUGUUGAUCUGAAAGAAGUAGCAGAAGACAUUGAAAACCACCAGCACCUUGAGAAUGAUCAAAACGCUACAAAAAUCAUUGGGACUGUACAAGAGCAAAUGGAUGAGCUCCUUCUCCAGUGUUUCCUUCAUGCUUUGAAGUUUAAAGUGAAGAAAGCAGAUCUGCCUUUGCUCACAAGUACAUUUCUCAAGGUUCAUGUAUAUCCCUGUUGCCCCGAAGGCCAACAAUUAGAUAUCAAAAAAUCAAGCUAUAAAAAGCUCUCCAAGUUUCUACAGACCAUGCAGCAACGACAGAUAAUUCAGGUGAAGGAACUCUCAAAAGGAGUUGAAAGCAUUACUGGUGUGAACUGGAAACACACAGACCUGCAAUCUUUUAAAGCUCCUGCAACAGCCACUAGUGAAGAGAUGGAGAAGAUUGACAGAGGGAGUGACACACCCUACCAACCACCUGAAAUCAAGUCCUUUUACAGAGUUUCCAGUAAAUUAAUUCCCCUGUUUGAGCAUGCGGAUCUCAAAAAAGAUGCUGUGCUUUCAAAUGCAGAUGUUAGAAGUAUCAUCACAAAUUAUGUGAAGUCCAAUGAACUGAUAGAUGACUAUAAUAAAAAUUAUGUCACCAUUAAUCCUACUCUUUGUGAUUGCAUAUUGGAAAAAUCUGAGUACCAUAAUGUAACUAAACUUACAUGGGAUGAUCUCUUUUCCAGGUGCCUCAGGAGCCUGCAGGAAUGUCAUGAAGUGACUUUUCCUGGACAAAAGCCAGUUGUUCGAAAGGGUCAAAUUAAACCCAUUGACAUUGAUGUAGCACAGCGUGCAUCAAAUAAAAAGGUAACUAUUAUUACAAACCUUGAAGCAUUUGGUUUAGACCCUCAAAUCUUGGGAAAUGCCCUUCAGCAAAAAGCUCAGGCCAGUGUAACUGUAAGUCCAGUCCCUGGUACAAAAGGCAAGAUGGCACUUCAGGUUCAAGGCAACCAGGUUAAUCAUGUUGCCAAGCUCCUAACAGAGGAAUACGGGAUCACUCCAAAGUAUAUUAGGGGCUUGGAAAAAGCUCCAAAAUCUGGCAAGAAGAAGCGAUAACAUAGUUUCUAAUAAGAAUGAAUGCAGUCACAGCAAUAAAAUCACAGACAUGACCUGUUCUUGUCAGUUUGUUGUUUAAUUUGCGAUAUCAGAUUUUCUAUCACUGCAGCACAUGGCAUCUCACAUUGAGUUCUUCUAAAACUGUGCCAAAAUGAAAUGCACAUAAAUGUGAAUACUCAGAGACUAAAGCCUGACGUCCAUCUAAUUUACGUUGGAAUGACUCUACAUAGGACUUUGCUCGUCCUGGGAACAUCCAAAGAAGACCAGAAAUCAUCUAUUACCCAAACUUACUGGAUCAACAAUAGGGUGUUGCUGCCUCGACACUGGAUCUCAGCAUUUACCCUGUCACAUUCUGCAGCAAAGUACUGUGUUCUUGUCUGGCAAAGAGGAUCUUGCCCACAUGUGGUUGAAAAUUGAAUUCACCAAUGCACAUCAUAACCAGAACUUUCCCCUUAUCCCAUCUGCCCAAUUUCCUGUCUUCACAGUCAUCUCUUCCUUGUUCAUCCUGUAACUGUCCAUGUUGCACCCUACUUAUCUUCAGCUGGCUUCCGACAUUCAGUCUCAAUGCUCUGCAUGGAGUAACUUGCCUGAGCAUGAUAUACCAGCAGACAUAUUUUUGGCCAGGAGUGAAACAGAGGAAGUCAUUAACAAGUUCUUUGUGACAAACCUCAUCUAUCAAGUUUCAGGCUUUCAAAUCCGGUCCCCUGAGAAGGCCAACUGUAUCACUGGGGCAUCGGUGUGAAUUCCUUAUGCACUGUUGAUAGACACAAAUAUGAUCAUAGAUUACUUAUACAGACUAAGUGAACAACUAAUGAGCUUAAGCUCAGAAGUGAUUCUGUCACUUUUGGGAAUUUACUUUUGCAAACUGAAAUAAUAACUAAAAGUACCUAACAGGUUGCUAUAUAUUUUUAUGUUAAACUAUUUUCUGAAGAAGCAACUGUUAUUCCUACCUGGAAACUAUAUGUAAACUCAGUGUGUAGGUAAUCAAUCACAGGAAGUAAUUUGAGUUAGCUUCUGGAAAAAUUAAUCACUCUGGAAGGCCCGAAGCAUCAUUGUAGUGUAUCUGAGUUAUCCCAGUGCCCAACCAGCACAUGGCAAUGUAACAUAUUGUGAGGAGGACUUAAGAACCAAUUCAGUGUGAUAAGAUGAUGUAAAAAUGUGAUGACUUGUAAUAAAAAUUGCAAGAACGAAA